AUGCCGCCUCGCAGAGCUGCUGCCUCCAAGGCACGCGACUCGGUCACAUCCACCGGCUCAUCUCGAUCUUCGAGUUCUGCAUCGCCUUCAGAGCAGGUGUCGACGCGGCUCUCACGCUCUUCCGCCGCAACCAAAGCUAAACCAUCCACAGCCGCAUCUUCGAGGUCACGAAGACGCAUUCAGGAGUCAGAGGAUGAGAAAGAAAGCGAGGAGGAAGAAGAGGAAGAUGACGAGGAUGAGGACGACGAAGACGACGAUGAAGAGCUCGAUACUCCAGUAAAGCCUGUCUCGAAGUCCAGGUCGUCCAAGUCAGCCGCCAAGCCAACAUCACGCGCAUCAGCAGCACGCACCAAGGCGCCCGCUGCUGCCAAGAAAGUCACACCGCCUCCGAUCAAGACGUCUAAAUCGCGCGCGAAGCGCGUGGUGGAGAGCGAGGACGAGGAGGAAGAAGAGGACGAAGACGCUGUUGACGAAUCGCUGAGUCUUGCUCGAGAUGACGACGAGGAAGACGAGGAGGAUGAGGUGAUUCAGUCACCUACAGCUCGUCGAGGCGUCAAAGCUGCAAAGCCAGCCACCGCAGCCAAGGCGAAGGCUCUGCCUGUCAAGAAAGAAGAGGAAGCAGACGAAUCGGAUGCAUCGGAUGUCUCCUUCAAGGAAGCUCGUUCCGUCACUCCCGAGCCCGCCACCGCCUCGUCGCAAGAUGUUCCGCAGACGCCAUCGUCCAGCCUGCUCAAGCAGAUCGCCACCCCGGCCAAGCCUGCUGCUCCCGCCGGUCCCCUCAAGCGUCUCGUCAUCCACAAGAUGGUCCUCAACGACUUCAAGUCGUACGCCGGUCGUCAGGAGAUCGGCCCCUUCCACAAGUCCUUUUCCAGUGUCGUUGGCCCGAACGGAAGCGGUAAGAGUAACGUCAUCGACUCGCUCCUCUUUGUCUUCGGUUGGAGGGCCACCAAGAUGCGUCAGGGCAAGCUCAGCGAACUCAUUCACAACUCGGCUGGCAAGGAGAAUCUCCCUCAGUGCAGUGUCGAGGUCUGGUUCCGCGAGAUCAUCGAUCUGCCAGGAGAUGGGUUCAAGGUGGUCCCCGGCAGCAAGCUCAUCGUCUCGCGUACCGCCUACCGCAACAACACUUCUCAGUACUUCAUCAACGCCCGCAAGUCCACUUUCACCGAGUGCACCACUCUCCUCAAGGCAAAGGGUAUUGAUCUCGACCACAAGCGUUUCCUCAUCCUGCAGGGUGAAGUCGAGUCUAUUGCUCAGAUGCCUCCCCGCGCCAAGAACGAGCACGAGGAGGGUCUGCUCGAGUAUCUCGAAGACAUUAUUGGCACCAGCUGCUUCAAGACGCCCAUCGAGGAGCAAGCCAAGCUCGUCGACGAAGCAAACGAGAAGAGGGCCGAGAAGCUCGGUCGACUCAAGAUCGUCCAGAAGGAGAAGGAUGCACUGGAAGCAAAGAAGCGCGAAGCAGAGAGGUUUUUGAAAGCGCAGAACGAGCUCACUCGACGUCAAUCGGCGCUCUGGCAGCUCUACAGUCUCGAGGCAAAGGACAACAUCAAGGUCGCCACCGAUGCGAUCGAGAAGUUCAAGGCGCGUCUCGCUCAAGAGGUCGAAAAGUACUCUGGCUCCAAGACCGAGAUCGAAGAACUCGAAUCUGGCUACAAAGCCCUCGUCAAGGAGUUUGAGAGCAUUUCGCGCGGCAGCGAGAAGAUCGUCAAGGAGCUAGCGAAGUAUGAAAAGGAGGAUGUCCAGCUGCAAGAGAAGCGCAAGCAUCUCGAGACCAAGAGGAAGAAGCUCGCAAAGUCGAUCGCCGAUGACCGUCACGCUGCGUCAGAGGCGAAAAACACAGCAUUCGACUCGGCUCACAAGAUCGAGAAGGAGGAAGCCGAGCUGCGCAAGCUCGAAGGGACCCUCGAACGCGAAGAGUCUCAGCUCGAAAAGAUCCGCGACUCGCUCAAGGGCAAGACCGAGAAGUUCAGCCGCGCCGUCGAACAGAAGCAGCGUGAGCUCCAACCCUGGACUGCCAAGAUCAGCGACAAGGUGGCUGCCAAGAAUGUCGCCCAAGAGGAGCGCGACCUGCUCGCCAGCCGCGGAGCUCAGGUCGAGGCUAGCAUCGCUGAGGCCAAGGAGUCGCUUCGCAAUCUCGAGCUCGAUAACGAGACCAAGCACGAUGAGGUCGAGAGUCUCAACCAGGAGCGUCGCGACCUCGACAAGAAGAUCGCCUCCGGUCAGAAACAGCUCGACGACAUGAAGCAGCAAGAGGCUGUUCUCCGCAACAAGGUGGUCUCGGCGCGGUCCAAAGCCGAAGAGGCGCGAGCCACCGUCAGCGCCAGUCGAUCGCGUGGUGAUGUGCUCUCCAGCCUGACUCGUCAAGCCGAGCUCGGCAUGAUCAAAGGCUUCCACGGCCGUCUCGGCAAUCUCGGUGUCAUCGACGACAAGUACGACGUCGCCGUCAGCACGGCUUGUCCCGGUCUCAACAACAUCGUCGUGGACACGGUCGAUUGCGGUCAAGCCUGCAUAGAGCAUCUCCGCAAGAACAACCUCGGACGCGCCAACUUCGUGGUUCUCAACAGCAUUGGCAUCAACGCUGCUAUGCUCGCACCCAUUGAGACGCCAGAAAACGCUCCACGCCUCUUUGAUCUCGUCAAGCCGAGGGAAGCUCGCUUUGCGGGCGCCUUCUACCAUCAGCUGCGUGACACGCUCGUCGCCAAGGAUUUGACGCAGGCCAACCGCAUCGCUUACGGUGCCAAGCGCUGGCGUGUUGUGACGCUCGAUGGCAAGAUGAUCGAGAAGAGCGGUGCCAUGUCCGGUGGUGGCGACAAGCUCGUCAGCGGUGCCAUGAGCUCCAAGUUCGCCGCCGACGAGGUCUCGCCCGAGCAGCUCAAGCGUCUCGAGCGUGAUCGCGAUGCGCUGGAGGAGUCCUUGAAAGGCCACAUCUCGUCGUUGAAGACGGUCGAGUCUCUGGUCGAAGGCCACCGCGCCCGUGCACCGCAGAUCGAGGUCGCACUCGACAAGAUCCGCAUGGACCUCGAAAGCGGCGAGCAGCGCGUCACCGAGGCCAAGAGGCGUGUUGCCGAGCUCAAAGCGGAGAGCAAACCCGAUGCCAAUGAUGCCUCGCGUAUUGCUGAGCUCGACGGUCAGAUUGCGUCUCUCGAAAAGGAGAUCAGCAAGCUCACCGAAAAGAGCAAAGCCAUCGAAAGCGACAUCGAGAGCUUGCAGGAGCAGAUCUUGGAGGCGGGUGGUGUCGAGCUCCGAACGCAAAACAGCAAGGUCGACAGCAUCAAGGAGAAGAUCGAACUCUCGUCCGAGCUCACCACCAAAGCCGAGGUGACCAAGUCCAAGGCCGAAAAGGACGUUCUCAAGUUGCAAAAGUCACUCCAGAAGAACGAGGAGCAGCUUGAAGGGCUUGACGAGGAGCUCGAGCAGCUCCGUGACCAGAUCGCUUGCAACACACAGGCCGCCGAAAGCGUGCGCUCCAAGGUCGAAGAGGCUCAGCACCUCAUGGACACCAAGGCCGAGGAGCGAGACGAGAUCAAGUCGCAACUCGACGAAUGUUCCGAAUCCGCCAACGCCUUCCGUGCGCUCGAGAUGGAGAUCAAGCAGAACCUCGAGGACAACGAGCGCUUCCGAAGCGAGCACGAGAAGCAACUCAAGCACCUGCACGAGAAGCUGUCCGCCUUGUCGCUGCACCACAUCGACGAGGACGAUGAGAGCGAAGACGAAGCCGACGAUGCUGAAGCCAACGACGAGGAAGGCGAUCAGGGUCGCAAGUCGUCCAAGCGCUCAAAGCAGUCCAAGAAGCGAUCGUCGGGCAACGCGGACGAUAUCGCAGAGGAGGACGAGGACGAGGACGACGAUAGCUCGGCCAACGAGCUGUUCGAGUACCCCGAGGACGAGCUGCGCGCCAUGAACAAGAAUUCGCUCAAGGGUGCCAUCACCGCCUACGAGGAGGAAGUCGCCAAUGGCUCGGCCAACAUGUCGGUGCUUGCGGAGUACCGCAAACGUGAAGGCGAAUUCCUCGCUCGAGCCAAGGAUCUCGAGGCCACGACCCAGGAGCGGGACGCAGCCAAGCAGCGAUACGACGACCUCCGCAAGCAGCGUCUGGAGAACUUCAUGGCGGGCUUCAGCGUCAUCUCGUCCAAGCUCAAGGAGAUGUAUCAGACCAUCACGCUCGGAGGCAAUGCCGAGCUUGAGCUGGUCGACUCGCUGGAUCCGUUCGCCGAAGGUAUCCUCUUCUCGGUCAUGCCGCCCAAGAAGUCGUGGAAGAACAUCUCCAACUUGUCCGGAGGUGAGAAGACGCUUUCGUCGCUGGCGCUCGUGUUUGCCCUCCACGCCUACAAGCCGACGCCCGUCUACGUGAUGGACGAGAUCGACGCCGCGCUGGACUUCCGCAACGUCUCGAUCGUGGCCAACUUGAUCAAGGAGCGCACCAAGGGCGGUCAGUUCAUCAUCAUCUCGCUGCGCAACAACAUGUUCGAGCUGUCGUCGCGCUUGAUCGGUGUCUACAAGACGGCCAACUGCACCAAGUCGUUGACGAUCGACAACACCGACCUGCUGGCUCCUCCGCCUGCACCUGCAGCGCCCAUUCACUCUCGACCCAGCAUCGCGACGAUCCCCGGAUCUCCCGCAGCUACACCGAUGCACCGCUCGUCGCAAUCGCAGAUGGUAGCAGCCACACCUCGCCCCGCCCACCACACCAUGCUUCCGCCCAAAACGCCCUCCGUCAACCCAGGCUCCUCGCUCAACCUGCAGGCCCUCAUGACACCAGCCAUCGGCAAAACACCUUCGUCGGUCCUGCAGCGCUCGAGGAUGCACAACUCGUUCGCCUCGACCCAGACGCUCGCUGACAAGGCGAAGGGGAUCAAAGGUCCAGCACUGGGAGUCGCGAGCAAGAGGAGCGUCUCACAGAGCCUGUUGGCUACGCCUACGCCGGCGAACGUGAAUGGUCUUCAGCGAUGA